ACACACCUCAACAUGCUCAGACAGACAGUCCUCGUCUUGGCCCUCGUCGCCUGUGUGCUCGGUUCGACGCUUCCAGUGCGUCGUUUGCCGCACACUGGACCAGGUCGGCGUUUCGCUCUCUCCAGAGGGCGAAUCUACGGGGGUCACGACGCCACCAGAGGCGAGUUUCCGUACCAGGUGUCCCUGCAGCACGUGGCGCUGGGUCUGCGGUACCACAACUGUGGUGGCUCCAUCCUCUCCAGCAAUGUCAUUCUCACCGCCGGACACUGCGCGGUCAGCAUUGGGAGAUACAUCGCCGUCGCCGGAGACCACGACCUGAGCAGCAAUGAGGGCAGCGAGCAGGAGGUCGGAGUCUCGGACCAGAUUGUGCAUCCCGACUAUCCUGGAGGUGUAGCUGCAAACGACAUCGCAGUCUUCCUGUUGGAGUCUUCUCUGUCUCUGGGAACGUACGUCCAGGCCAUCAGCUUGCCGAGCGCCGGUUCAAUCCCUGCAGGUGGAUCCAUUGCCGUCCUUUCUGGCUGGGGUUCAACGGAAACGGCCAGCACACCUGACAUUCUGCAGACUGUCGACGUCAGCAUAAUCGACUAUGAAACUUGCAGCCAAAAUAUCGACGACCUGGACGUGGGUUCCAACCCGCUUACGGAGACUAUGGUCUGCACGGGACCAAUCUAUGAUGGCAUCUCCGUCUGCAGUGGUGACUCCGGCGGCCCCCUGGCGCAGAACGGCGAACUGAUCGGUAUAGUGUCCUGGGGAGUGGACCCGUGUGGAUCCCCAGGCGCUCCGUCCGUCUACACCAGAGUAUCCGCUCACCUGGACUUCAUUAACCAAAACUCGUGAAGAGUCCCAUAACUUGCGUAGGUUUCAAUACAUUAUGUCCUCAGACACAGCUUCAUUUUGUAUCAAUGCAUUAACUACACCUGAAUGUCUGAGAAAUCCGUUAAUAAAUGCACUAUUCUAAAACCGUA